AUGGAGGAUCUUUCAACAAGAGGUGUUGUUGCUAGGCUUGAGCAAGCUCUUCAGCAAGAUGUUGCAGGAGCAAGUCUCUUGGAUCACUUGCCAUUCAUAACUGAAUCACCUGAAGUUCAAGUUGUGAUAGACUCUGAGAGAAAAUUGAGAGAGAUGGUAAACAAAGACCUGGCAGAAAAGACUGUGUUAAUCAUCUGGAGAGCCAAGGGUGAGAGUGGCCUACGAAUAAUGGAAAAGAAAAUCUGA